AUGAAGAGUGGAAUCAUUAUCUUACCUGUAAUUUUAAGAAUUGCUCUUGUUCAAGCCAAUUUUGAGCCGUACAAAUCUGAUCCAUAUAUCGCAUGUUCGAGUAAUGAACAUUGCCCCGAGGAAUGGCCCUGCUGUUCUCAAUACGGCCAGUGUGGAUUUGGGCCUUUAUGCGCUGGUGGGUGCGAUCCUCGCUUUUCGUUCAGUUACGACAGCUGUGGUGUGAUACCUGCAAUGUUUCCCCAGAUGAGUUCUACCUAUCAGAUCUUUGAUGUGGAUACUCCACAAUCACAAGGCAUGUGUUUUGUGCCAGCGAUUAAAACUUCCUUCAAAGUUGUCACAGAGAACCGAGAAAACUCAGAGAUGCCACUCAGCGGGCGCGGCCUCUUACACUAUUCAAAAGCGUCAGACCCCAGCGUAAAUAUCAACAACUUUGAUUUUACAUAUAGCGGGUCCCUCGAAGUGGGCGAAGAAGAGGAAGCGGCACUUGUGUUAGCAAUGCCACCUGGCACCACGGGCAGUGUUAUAUCUUCGGCGAAAUCGUUUCUGUACGGAAGAGUUGCGGUUGAAAUGAAAAGCGCCAAGGGUAAUGGUGUUAUUUCAGCCAUGGUAUUGAUGUCGGCAGUCAAGGAUGAGGUCGAUUUCGAGUUUUUGGGAGGCGAUCUCGAGAACGCUCAGUCUAACUACUAUUAUAGAGGAGAGCUCAUACACACGCGGAUGGCCAAGUCGCCAAUCAGUCCCAACAGCUAUGACGAGUAUCACACGUACGAGUUUGACUGGGAUGAAGACCGAAUUCAAUGGUUAAUUGAUGGUUCUGUUGUUCGCACUUUGCAUCGCGAAGACACGUACGAUGCUGCAGAAAAGAUUUACAGAUACCCUUCAACGCCUAUGCGGCUAGAACUCGCGAUUUGGCCUGGUGGUCUCGAGAGCAACGACCCUGGCACGGUAAUGUGGGCUGGCGGGCUUAUCGAUUGGCAGAAUGCGGCUGAAAUUCUGGAUGAAGGCCAAUUCCAAAUGUCUGUGAAAAACGUCAAGAUUACACCAUAUGUGAAUGCUUUUGUGCCUUUGACCGCACAAGGAUCGGCCGCGCCAGAUAAUGAUAUUUUCUACUAUUUCUAUGACGCCGAGUGUGACGGGUGUGUGCGAAGCCGCAAAGAUUCACCACAACUCGAGGAAAGGCUUUUAGAUAACGUGCCACAGCAACUAGCAGAGAAUAUGUCCAACAUUACGAUUUCCACGAUCUAUAGUGACAUAACCACAACCAGCAGCGUCAUGAGAACCUUAUCCAGUGCCGCGGCAACGCAGUUUACUGUUACACGCCAUGAGAAUUUUGCACUACCACUGAAAAGUCUAAAUGCACUGCUAAUGUUCCAGAUAUGGAUUUCAAGCUGGGUCCUCUAG